AUGCGGCAAAAGGAAGGACGACCACUUCGUGUUGUUGAGCUCGGGGCCGGAUGCGGUUUGCUUGGUCUCGGAUUGUCUCGUCUUGGAUGUGAGGUCGUCCUGACAGAGCAGCAUGUUGCCAUGGAAAACUUGCUGCGGAAUGUGGAGGCUGCGAACAAGAGCUUGCCAGAAGACUUCGUGCCCGCGCAGGCUUUGGAACUGGAUUGGGGCAGCGAAGCGAACGUGGCAGCCGUAAGGAGCAAAGGAUCCUUCGACCUGGUUGUUGGCACGGACAUCGUCUUUGCCAGUCGACUUGUUCAGCCGUUAAUUCUGACGAUCCGAACACUUCUGAAGGGAUCCCCGAGUGCCACAUGCUGGCUGUGCCUGCAGAGGCGUGAUCCCGAUGCGCAUGCUCUGCUUUUGGUGGAGGCUGAGAAGCACUUCAGGGUCAAGGAGCACUCUUUUUCAGGCUGUGACGGUUUGGAAGCAGCUUGUGAGCUUGAGUGCAUUCUCUUGUGCUUGAUGCUCAAAGGAGAGGAGGACAUGGACGUGGACUUGGAGCACCUGGAUGUGCCGGUUGGAGGCGUUCCGAUGCCACCAGAAGCUUGGGAACUUCUGUCCAUAUGGUCAGAGGUGUGGGACGCACCACGCUUCCGAGCGCAUGGCUUGGCUUCGACUCGGCUGAGCAGGGAGGCUGUCAUGCCCUUGCUCAAGCUAGCCGCUUCGUGUGUGGCAGCAGUUCAGAGACACCUGCAGGGCAGCAGCGCAGCUUUGAGGGUGCCUCUGCAUGGAGCCUCCAAGGAGCUCCUGGUGGCUGCAGCCGAUGCCGAAUUCAAGGGGAAGGGUUUACCUGACCCGCGAAGGAAUCCUUUGGAUUUUGUGCGCGAGCUGGUGCACGCAUCUUUUCUGACAGGAGAUGGUGAGUAUGCAGACGGGAUGUCCGAGGUGCGAAUCGAUGAGCUCAUGAAGACUUGCUGCGAAGCCCAGCUGGAGUUUGGAAAAUCGCUGUCGCGAAACCCGACAGCGGCCCUCGAGGCCGCAUACGCUAAGCUUCAGCAAAUCGUGCGGGAAGUCCUCGAAGCUCCGCCGGAGGAGGGUGACCUGGCCGGUGUGGCCGGACGUUGGAUCCUGGCGGGACAGUUGCGGCGUAUUGCAGAGGACGCAGCCCCCCUCCUCGUGCCCACCAAGCGCGAGCAGUCGCAGGGUGAGUUCGAAGUGGAAGCCGAUGAGUCCACCGUGAGCCACACGGACCAGGAGAUGGACGGCGAGGUCUCGAAACCGACCGAAGAGGACGAAGACAGCGAACCCCCUCUGAAGAGGACGAAGUCCCAGGUGGCCGCGACAUUGAAGGUCCAGAAGGUCAAGGAGCAUCAGGAAAAUAUGUUGAAAGAAGUCCAUGAUCUAGCUCGAACGACUUCAAUGCUGGCCAAGCAUGAGGUCCCGGCGAACCAAGCCGAAAAGCUGCGUGCUGAACUGUUGGCUGUCGGGGAGGCACGGAAAAAAGCGAGAAAUUUCGGUGAGGAUUUGCUGGAGGACAUGAUGGUGCUCGACAAUCUGUCCAAGCUGACUCCGGAAGACAGGAGCCUUCGCAAGGCUACGAUCGCCGGCCUCGAAGGCUUGCUUCAGAACGUCGACACGGCAAAGUCUCGGCUGGCAACGCUGCAUAGAAGACUGGAGGACAAUUUGAAAACUCUCGAGGCGAAGGAGAGGCAGCGUAAAGAGCAACAGCAACACGAGCAGGAGCAGGCGCCAAGCGUCAGCCCGGAGGUCUCAAAGCCGCGAGCAGUUGCGAUGUCAGUGUUGGAGCCGCCUCCACCUGACCAAGAUAUGUGGAAGCAGGUUCGACUACCUUUGAGGUUUCAUGCCCGCGAGGAAGACGGCCAGUACGUCCUCUCCGCAACGGCUCCAGGUUUGUGCCCAGAUGACCUCAAGUUGGAGCUGAGCCACGAUGCCACCACGCUCAAAGUUGAGGGCCUCCGACUGCC